AUGGAGUCUUCGCAGUCACUUCGCUGCGCACCGACGCGCCGAUCACUUAAAUUCCAUGCGAGCGAGGGCGCCAGGCAUUUCAUUGCCUUUGGCCCUUCCAUCAGUAAGCACGAUCGCAUGGUACUCUACAUGGAGCUGUUCGCCUUUAUGCAGUAUUUUACGGAUCCUAAGACCCUACCAAACUUUGUACCCGCACGAUAUGUACCAGAUCAAUACGUUGAGCUGCGCGUCUUGACGGACCCACGCCACCCCGCCUACGGACAGUUAGGCCUUUUCGCCAAGAGCACCAUCCCUGCUAACACCGUCGUGACAUCAUAUAGUGGCUAUAUUGAAAUCUCUAGCACCGCUUGUAGCUCUAGAACCUACACGAUGGGUUUUGGUUCCCUCAGCGAUGACUAUGCCUUGGAUGCUGAGUUUGCUGGCAAUUACGGCCGUUUUGCAAAUGACCCCCGCGGUGUUCUAGGGUUGGCGGCCAAUCUUACUGCGGAGAGUCGGUUUACGCCACGCGGAGAGGCGUACACAGCUCUUGUUUCCAGACGGGUUAUCAACAAGGGUGAAGAGAUUCUAAUGUCGUACGGCAAGGCGCAUAGUCUCACGCCUAGUCCGUGGGUGGGAUUAAACGGGGAACUGCUGACACGCCAUCGGGCCGGUGGCAUUGUACCCUUCCCACAGCUUGUGAACAAAGGAACAGGUGGGGUCUACAGUCGGCUAGAAUGGGCUCCAACGAGCAUGAACUUUACUGCUGUUGGCGCAUUUGAAGAUCGUGAUGAUGCCCUUCAGGUUCAGAACAAAGGAGUACCAAAAGUGGAUGGAGUGUCUGAUGUCAAUUUUACUGUUGAGGAUGAGCAAACGGAGAUGGUGCUAUUGUGGGAGUGCCCACAGUGUGGGAUGUGGAGUAUUGGAAAUCCCACACCAGUGCGUAUCAGCCACUGCUUAUUCUGUCAUUCCCCUCGACAUCAGCGGGCUCGCAUGGUGGCAGCGUGUUGCACAUCUUCAUUGUCACGUGAAAAUGUGUUGGCAUUAGUGAUGCGAGGUGUGGCGUCAACACCGUCGUCUUCGUUGGGGGAGCUGCCUCCCAGUGCAUCCUUUCAAACUGCGCUCGAAGAUGGAGACAGUACGUCUGGCUCGCAGCUUACUUCAUCCUCCUCGGAGAAGUGCGGUGCCAGACACAACCCGAAAAGCAACGGUGCUGGAGCUUCGACUGGGGACGCCGCGCAGUCAGCGUCUGCCGUACCGUUCAGUUCGGAGCCUGUGCGUUGGCCCCUCAACGUUCCCUUCCUCCCUUGGCAGGUGUGGGACGCCGCGAUUCCGCUCUCGGCCAUCAACAAACACGCCAGGUUUGAGACGCACGAAAACAUCUUUUUGUACGCUGUCACUACCUCCACGGAGGAGGAGCAUCUGUCGACGGGUGAAAGCAGGCGGGGCAGAGAUGAGGAUGAGGCACACGAGCAAGACCAGCAGGAAUGUCAGUCACGGAGGGGAGGACGAAAGCCACGCGUGCGGCGGAGAAAAGAGGAGUUGUGGCAAAAAGAGGUACAACUACCAAACGACGCGCAACAGCAGCAAAACCCUGAUGCGGUGGCAAUAUCGACUUCAAAGAUGAAAUGCUGUGGCGAAACGAAGCCUACUGAUGGCAGUAACGCGACGGACUAUCUCUUCUACGUUGGCAGCGCUGCUUCGUAUGGCGAGAAUUUGCCCAGUGACUGCGAUGACAACAGCGAGGAUGCUGCUGCUUUGCUUGCGUUGCAGUCUCUAUUGAAGAGCGUCUUGCGUCGGGUGUUUGCAGGUCAGUCGUACCACACCGGUGAGGUGGUGGCUUCGGUGGGUGGGAUGAUUCUGCCUACUGGGGAUAGGCGACAACGAUCAGACGAUUCCGUACUGGAGAUACCACUGAAGUAUUUUCUACCGGCGCGGGUUCGCCGUGAGUUGCGCGGUACUCCAACACGCAGCAAAAGACCAAGAUAUACUGAGAUGGACGAUGAGGAGGUGCUGACACUUUCCGAUCUCCUUGGGCGUCUUGAAGGUCUUUCGCUGGUUGUAACGAAUGAACUGAUGUUCUGUCCUUGCCUUGUGCUGCGAGACGAGUGGGAGACGAAUGAGAAUCAUAGAAGCACAGAUGAUGUUAGAGACUUGGGAGAUGAUUUACAGAAGCGCCAUCCGCUAAUUGAGCGAUGUAAUGUCAGCUUCAUUCUAACGAUGGACAGUCUUGGGUGCCCAUACGUUGCGGCGGUCGCAUUGCGGGACAUCAGCACCUUUGAACCGUUGCUGGCCUCUAUUGGCUGCUGA